AUGGGGUGGGAGAGGAGUACAGGAGAGCUAUGUAAGGAGUCUAAUAUGGAUGAUGGUACCCUUGAUAGUAAUAUAUUUCCCUAUGAAAAUCUCUCUGUAUACAGGAAGAAGAAAGCCAGUCAAACUCCUCAAAACAAAAAACCUUUUUCAUUGUUCCAGGAAGAUUUUGAGAAGGAUGCAGCAGAAGGACCUUAUUACUCAAAAGAAACCCAUCUGUUAGACUGGAUUCAUUCUGAAGUGAAUCAGCUAAAAACACCUCAUCAAUCCAGUGGGCUUCUGCUAUCAGACUGGUUUAAUCCGAGAAGACGUCCAAAUGUUAGAGCGGUGACUGACUGGUUUGCUCCUAUUGUGUGGGAAAGGACUUACCAUAAAUCAUUCUUAGAGAGUUAUUACACAAGGAAGGACAUCACUGUGGGUUUGAUGGUGUUUGCUAUUGGAAGGUAUAUUGAAAACUACUUGGAGAAAUUCCUUUCCUCUGCAGAGCAAUACUUCAUGGUUGGUCACAAGUCAAUUUUUUACAUCAUGAUGGAUAACUCUUCCAAGAUGCUUUUGAGAGAAGACCUUCCUCUUCGUACAUUCAAAGUAUUUCAUGUCCAGGAGAUGAAAAGAUGGCAAGACAUUAGCACAAAACACAUGAAGAUCAUUGGGGAGCAUAUUGUAAAUCAUAUCCAGCAUGAAGUUGACUUUCUCUUCUGUAUGGACGUGGGUCAGGUUUUUCAAAAUGACUUUGGUGUGGAGACCUUGGGCGAAGCUGUGGCUCAGCUCCAUGCAUGGUUUUAUAAACAGAAUCCCAAUCAUUACAAUUAUGAGAGGCGCCCUUUCUCUACAGCAUACAUCCCCUAUGAUAUGGGAGAUUUCUAUUACCAUGCAGCCAUUUUUGGCGGGACACCCCUUCAGGUUUUGAAACUCGCCCAAACUUGUGAGAAGGGAAUACUUCAGGAUAAGGAAAAUGGCAUUGAGGCUCUGUGGCCUGAAGAAAGUCACCUGAACAAGUAUUUUUUUCUCAACAAGCCUACUAAAAUAUUAUCCCCAGAAUAUUGCUGGGAUUAUUCAUUAUCAGACAAUUCUGAUAUUGAUAUUGUUAAAACAUUUUGGCAAGAUAAGUUAUAUGAAAUUAAUUCACAUAGUGUAUCAUUGUUAUGAAAGCAUCUGGAGGAAUGGAUACAACACUCAAGUUUCUGAAUUCGAAUUUAUUAUUCUAGCCAGUAAGUAGGAAAGACAGCCAUUUAAAAAUUGUUAAUAUUUUAGAAAAAAAAUAAGAAAAAGUCAUGCUUUCACCAAAAUGCAAACUUACUAAGCCUUUUCCUGUUUGUAUUCUUGAGCCUUGUAAUUUUAAUGAGAAAUAAAGGACCAUUUUAUAAUUA